GCACAGCAAACACCACCUCCAUGGACCAUGUUAAAACUGUCAAGUGUCAACACAAGUACACAACAGCAAUGAUCUCCCCCACCUGCAAACUCCAAACACCCGCUUAUGAUGCACUGCCAUACACAUGAUAAACAUCCGGCCUCUCUGGACUGCCCCUAAUGCCUUCCACAGUUCCCCUCAAUCCUUUGUGCCUCUUAAACUAAUUUCUUUUUCUUUAUUUUUUUUCUCUUCAGCUUCGCUUUUUGGCUGAGAUUACGCAUUUAUUUUAUUUUCUUUCUCGCCCCUAUUGCUUUUUGGCCUAGAAAAAGCAAACACAUUUGCAUAUUACACCCCCACUUAUCCCCAAAACCAAAUUAGCCCAUUAAAUUUCCUGAAGAAAAGCCAUUAGAAAAAGAGUUUCUUUCUUUCUUAGUAUGGCUAAAUGCCCAGAUCUGUGUCCUCAAUUCCUCAUUGUUUGAGGAUAAAGCUAGGCUUAAUGGAGUGGGUCUCCUUUCAUUUCUAUGAAAACUCUAAACACACCAAGGCUUUGCAUUAGUGGUUAAAUUCUUUUCUUUUUGGUUCAGUUCUUCUUGUUGCAAUAGAAAUAACAAUCUCUGCAAGGAAGCUUCUUUCCUUCUAUUUUACGGAUGAGUCUAUGGAUUUGAAAUAUACGGCUGGUUUUCUGGGGUGGGAUUUUAUAUUUUCGUAUGAAGAUUAAUUGGCAUUAGGGGAAAUUCAAGGCUUUUCCAAAAUUGCAGCAAGGUGUGCAUUACUUCGUUGAAGCAGAGAAAUGAUUCAAUUGUUGUUCUUGGUUUUGUUUGCUGAGGGUGUUGUGGCAUUCCUUCUAUUGGUCAAGAUUGGGCCAUUGAGAGAGCUCGUGAUAAAAAGUUUGGAUCAGCUGAAAAUGGGUAAAGGUCCUGCUACAAUGAAAACCAUAGCUGGUACCAUGUCGGUCAUUCUCCUAUCAAGCCUUAUGAGCAUUGUUAAGAUCCAGAACAAGGGUGCAAAGCUUGGCACCAUGUCACCCAUGGAUCAGGUUCUAUGGAGGACCCAUUUGCUUGAGGCUUCACUCAUGGGUUUUACCCUAUUUCUUGGAUUCAUUAUUGACCGUUUGCACCAUUAUCUACAAAAGCUUAUUGGGUUGAGGAGUAGCGUGGGAGCUUCAAAAGAGGAAGUUGAAAGGCUUGAGAAAGAAAAGAUGCAGCUGAAAGAAAAAGAGGAGAAGUCUUCCAAGGAGUUAAAGCUGCUGCAAGAGGAAAUUGCGACUCUAUCGGAGAAUUUGAAAAAGCUGAAGCUAGAAUCUGAAGAGAAAGAUAAGAGGGUUGAAACUGCUGAAAGCCAUGUUGCUGCCCUACAAAAACAAGCUGCAGAUCUACUUCUUGAAUAUGACCGUCUAUUAGAAGACAACCAAAAUCUUCAGACUCAAGCUAUGGGAUAUAGAAGUUAAUGUUGAAAGACUCCAAGGAAUCAAGUUUUGGGAGUUAAUUAUGGUCGUUGGUGAUGUUGAUGAUACGUCUCCAUACUGCAGGGAAAUCGUCUUUGUUUGGGCCUUCCAAGCGGAAAAGGGGAUGGGAUAGGUUUUUUCUUGGGGGCCAAUACUAUCGAAAUUUUUGUUAACUUUUUUUAAAAUUUUGGUUAGUCCACCUCGAUGCUGUGUUAGUUGAUACCAACUAUUCUUCCAUUUCUGUUUUUCUGGAAUAGAUAUAUUGUAACUCAAUUUAGAUUAUUAAUGAAAAUCUGAUCUCCAGCCAUCUGCUAUAUAUGCAGACAA